GCAGUUUUCUUCUUUUUUUUUCCUUUUUUUUUUAAUUAUUCGACUUUAUGCAUUCCUCAUAGAAAGAUUUUUAGGGGAUGGUCAGUAGGCCCUCUUCCGCUUCAGGAUCUUCAGCUUCGUCUGAAGGAUUUAUGUGGAACUUGGCAUAAUCUCCACAGGAACUUUUGAGAGGUGAAAUGAUGGGGACCUCAAAUAGAUCUACAUCAAUAGGGUCUUCAGAAUUGUCAGAGCAGAAGGACAAAGAUACAACUGUUUCAAAUGCAAACUUGCCUCAAUGUCCUUUGAACCAGCAACCUAGUUCCUUGGUUGGUCCGGUCGCUAUACUUUGGGAUAUUGAAAAUUGUCCUGUUCCAAGUGGUGUGCGCCCUGAAGAUGUUGCUGGGAAUGUAACAAUGGCUUUGCGGGUGCAUCCAAUAAUUAAAGGGGCUAUUGUGAUGUUUUCUGCUUAUGGGGAUUUCAAUACUUUCCCCAGGCGACUCAGAGAGGGUUGCCAAAGAACUGGUGUUAAACUCACUGAUGUUCCCAGUGGAAGAAAAAACGCUGCUGACAAAGCUAUCUUGGUUGACAUGUUCUUGUUUGCCCUUGACAACCAACCACCUUCUUCUAUAAUGCUGAUAUCUGGAGACAUUGAUUUUGCUCCUGCACUUCAUGUUCUUGGUCAACGGGGAUAUACUAUCAUUCUUGCCGUCCCUGCUGAGGUUGGUAUGCCAACUACCUUUAGCAGUGCUGGUAAAUUUGUUUGGGAUUGGCCUAGCAUUGCUUGUGGAGAAGGUUUUGUGCCCUCCUUAAAGGCUCUGGUUCCACCUCAUGCUGUUCCAACUGAGGUUGCUGGAGAUCUUAUAGGGUGCCACAUAAAUGGCAACUUUGAUGGACUAAAUGAAGAAGCUAUUUUUUAUGGAGGGAUCUCACAGAACUACCAUAACUCUAAGUGCUCCUCAUUUGUGUCACAAUCUCUGUCUGAAUACAAAAGUGAUGCAUUGAACGCGUCAUUCUUUCCAGCAGCUUUGAGGUCACAUAGCCUACCAUCCACUCUGAACGUUUCAGGAGGAUCUAUGCCAUUUCCUACUGACCAAAAUGAAUGCCCAUCAUGGGUACAACCUGGGGAUUUGAAUGGUGUCAAGUGUCAGCUGGUAAAGUUGCUUGAACUUUCUGGAGGUUGUUUGCUUAUGGCACAAGUUCUUCCGGAGUAUCAUAAAUAUUUCGGGAGGCCUCUCUCUGUGUCUAAAUACGGUACACGCAAAUUAUUGAAUCUUUUCAAGAAAAUGGGCGAUCCAUUUUCUGUGGAAGGGAAAGGACACCAGAGAUUUGUGUAUCUUCAAAGCUGGAAGGCAUGCCCAAAUGUACCACCUCCUUUGUCUCAGGCAAACAAUGAUGAGAAAGGAAGAGGGAUUCAGGAAGAGAAUGCGGAUAGUGCCUGUGCUGGUUGCUCUAUAGGUGAAGAAAGAGUAGUCACAGAGGAGCAUGAUAAGAGAAGCAGCAUAGAAAAGGAUCACCGAGGGAAAGGAGCCAGAAGUGAAAUUCAUGACCGAAUUCUUGAGCAAUUCAAGCAUGAGUUGCAAGAGAUUCUCGUAAUUUAUUCUGGUCCAGUAUUCAUAGAUUGUUUUGAUGACAUUUACCAGCUACGUUACAAGAAGCCCCUGGAAUACCAGAGAUUGGGCGUGGGCAAGUUAGAGGAAUUGUUUGAGAAAGUGAGUGAUGUGGUAGCGCUGCAUGAGGAACCAGUAAGCAAGAGGAAGUUUCUGGUUGCUGUGGAUGGUUAGAUUGUUAUGCUUAGCUUCAUUUUUUCUCUUUGUUUUCAAGUAUUGUGAAGAUGACUAGCAGGAUUCGUGCUUGUUUUCUGUUGCCUGGCCCUGCAUGGAUCUGAAUCUGGUUUUAAAUUCUCCUCGUGUUGCUUAUUCUUAGUCUUUGUCACGGAUCAACCAUUUAUACGUGUCAGGGUAUAUGCCUAUAAAGUAGCCUUUUGUCAUUUGUACAUCUAUACAUACGUAUCAUCUUAAUAUCAAGCGAGGUUCUGUUUACUUUA